CACGACCAAACCUCCCUGCUUUGCCUUCUCUACAAUUCUUACCAAUUUCAACUAUAAUUGCUUAUUUAUGUCAUCACCAUAAAAGCCCAGACGUUGCUAUGCUAUUAUCCCUUCCAUUUUGUUCAAAUCCAAAAGGGGUAAAAAAAAAACCCGUGCCUGCAGAUUUUCACGUGAACGAGGGUCCAAAUUCUCCUAUCCUAACAGAAACCUUAAUCCUCUUUAAACCCCUGCAAUUGGCUAUCUUAUUUCUGCUCUUCAGAUAAGACCCUCAAAUUUUUAGAUGCCAAGGUCCGUAUUUUCUCUGAUCUNCCUGAUUUUCUUUGAAUAAAUGUUGAUCAAGUGAACCCACCUCAAAGACCCGACCUUUUUCCUCAAAUCUUUCGUUACCCACAUUCGCAUUGCUCUGAAUUGUCAUGUGAUUGGCUUUUCUUGGUUGUCAGUGUGUUGUAAUUUGUAAAUGGCCUCAACAAUGCUGAACUUAGUGAAUUUGAAUUCUGUUAAAACCGCAAAGUAUGACUAUGUGGGCCUGAAGCCGUUGAAAGCGAAUCGGAAUAUUCUAUAUAUGAGGCCUCAUUCAACCAAAAUCACACGACGUGCCCUAAUGAUAAAGGCCGAUUAUCACGAUGGAUCAAUAAAGAAGACAAGGAUGAGUGACGAGGAGUGUGAGGCUGCAGUUGUUGCGGGGAAUAUUCCGGAAGCUCCUCCGGUGCCCCCCAAGCCAUCUCCGCCAGCUGGCACGCCGGUCGUGACCCACCUUCCACUUAAUCGGCGGCCACGUAGGAAUCGUAGGUCACCGGUGUUGAGGGCUGCAUUUCAAGAGACUAAUUUAAGUCCAUCCAAUUUGGUUUAUCCACUUUUCAUUCAUGAAGGUGAAGAGAACACCCCAAUUGGAGCAAUGCCUGGAUGUUCUAGGCUUGGCUGGCGACAUGGACUUGUGGAAGAGGUGUCUAAGGCUCGAGAUGUUGGUGUCAACAGCAUUGUGCUCUUUCCAAAAGUUCCUGAUGCUUUAAAGGCGAGUCUUUUUGGCAUUUUAUUGGCUACUUCUACAGGAGACGAAGCUUACAAUGAAAAUGGACUGGUGCCUCGAGCAAUACGGCUACUGAAAGACAAGUAUCCGGAUCUCAUUAUAUAUACUGAUGUUGCUCUUGAUCCAUAUUCCUCUGAUGGGCAUGAUGGCAUAGUAAGAGAAGACGGAGUUAUUAUGAAUGAUGAAACUGUGCAUCAGCUGUGUAAACAGGCAGUUGCCCAGGCUCGAGCAGGAGCAGAUGUUGUGAGCCCGAGUGACAUGAUGGAUGGUCGUGUUGGAGCUAUUCGGUCUGCCCUUGAUGCUGAAGGCUUUCAGCAUGUCUCGAUUAUGUCGUAUACUGCCAAGUAUGCCAGCUCGUUCUACGGUCCCUUUAGAGAAGCAUUAGACUCAAAUCCACGAUUCGGAGACAAAAAAACUUAUCAGAUGAAUCCAGCAAAUUACAGAGAAGCCCUUAUCGAAACACGUGAGGAUGAGUCUGAAGGGGCCGAUAUUCUUCUGGUGAAACCGGGUUUACCUUACUUGGAUAUAAUCAGGCUUUUGCGCGAUAAUUCUCCUUUGCCAAUUGCUGCAUAUCAAGUUUCGGGUGAGUACUCAAUGAUUAAAGCUGGGGGUGUUUUAAAAAUGAUCGACGAGGAGCGAGUGAUGAUGGAGUCGUUGAUGUGUCUUAGAAGGGCCGGUGCUGACAUCAUCCUGACGUACUUUGCUCUGCAAGCCGCGCGAUGCUUAUGUGGCGAGAAGAGGUGAGAGAAUGCAUGUGUAUGUGUGUAUCUGCUCAAAUUUCAAUACAGUUGUUUGCAGAAUUUUGAACUGUUAGUUUGUACUCAUGCAAUGUGUACUUUGGCAUGAAAAGAAUUUUCAUCAUAUUAAAUUAAGUGAGCAAGCCUCUGAGAUUUUUUUUCACUUUUUCAGUUGUUAUUUGUGAAUGAACAAAAACAAUUCUAAAUUGCUCCUAUUUCAAGUGGAUUUGGAAAUAAUUAGAGGUUUGAAAGAAUAAUUGAUGUGAAUGUAAAUACUAAAUAUGUACUUGUGUAAUAAUCAUAUCUAGAUUUUUUCUAAAAAAAAAAUAAUGCAGCUCCAGAUAAUAAUUUCAGAAAACCUCU